AUGAGCUUUCAGCGCCGUAAAGCGCUUCCCACUUCAAUCGCCUUCCAAUCUGGCCGCAAGAAGCUUCAAGAUGUCGCUCUGAAGACACGCACCGAGCGCCUCAGAUUCUCCAAGUUGCGCAAUAGCAUCCCAACCACCGGAACCGAAACGUGGAUGGAUGAGGAUCCGGAGGUGACCGUCGAGGAGCAGGAGACCAGCCGAGACCCCGAAAAGAUUGGCGGGCUGAUGGAGGAGUUCAUGAGCUAUUACGCGGAGAACGGCAAGAGCGCCGAUCCUGCGUUCGAACGGAUUGCAGGCACUGCAUUGAACCGGCUUUCAUUCAAUCUCCAGGCGGCCCUCGAGAUGUUCUUGCCCGAGGACGCGCUGCGUGAUGAGAGGGACAGCCUCAAGAACAGUGUCUCGGCCUUCGGGCUCGCCCGGCCGGUGUCGUCGAAGGGUGUUCUGGGCCGCGAUUCGGUGAAGAUCAUUCUGGAGCACGUUUUGAAGAAGAAUGGAGAGGAAUCGACUGGUGGACAGAAGGAGACCGCAUUGCUCAUCAAUGUCGAUAUGUAUAGUGGCCGUCGUGUUGCGGUCUCCCACCCAGCCCGUUAUAUGAUCAGGACCUGCUACGUUGGGAGCUGCGACGACUUCGGGACCCAGACGCUCAGGAAAUGGUGGAUCUUGAAAGCGUCCGGACCUUCCGCCACUACAAGGGGUUUCAGGAGGGAGGGAAGCGGUCAAAGCACCGCACCCUAUCAAGGAGGUGUUCAACCGGGGGAAUAUGAUCUUCGCGUUGAACUGGUACUUCCUCGCGCAAGCCCUGAAUACUGGUGCAGCCACGGUCCCGGAGGAGGAGACGCUGUUGUCGUGGCUCGACCAGCUAGUCUCCAGCGACAAUCCCGACGAUGUUAUCGAGGUCCACAAGCUGCAAGAGCCAGUGUUCGUCAGACUCGGCCCUCGGGGUCUGAGCCUCGAUCUGUCUGGCCCCUUUCUCUCGAAGGGGCCGCAGAGGAUGCUGAAGGGCGCGUUGUGAAAGGCACUGGCAUGAUCCACGGGAAGUCCAAGGAGAAGCUCUCGCUGUAUUCCGCGGCCACCGAGAUGCUGGCAGGCCAUAGCCAGCGGUCGCACACCCUCAUGACCAACUACAUACGAGUUGAUAACCGUAUCAGCCUGACCGCCGGGACCACCGACGAGGGGCCCCCGGUAGUGCCACAAACCGCCGCCGCCAACCAACUGGUCGCCCCUGUUGGACUCCUCAGCAAAAAGGAGCUGCGAGUUCGUGACCCCGAGCUGGGCAUUUACGAAGAGAUGGCGCGACUCCUGCGCAGCAGCCUCGCAGCCGGUUCGGAAUACUGGAAGCUCACUGCCGGUUUCCGCAACCUGCCCGGCAUCGGAGCCAUGACUGCUGUCGACGGUGCCGGUCUCCUGAGCAGGCUGCAGAAGAUCAUCCGCAACAAGGUGCAGAAGCUCAGGAGGCAGGAAGAAGGGCAACCUGGACGAGUCGAGCUCGCUGCAGCGGCCCACAACUCCCUGGAGAUCGACAAACUCAUCUCCGAUCUGGACGCUAUCUCGGCCGACGAUGGUAAGACUACAGAUGGUGUUGCUGGUCUGAGCGAGGAGGCAACAGAGGACAUCUGA